GCGUGUGCACUGUAGUGAUGUCCCUUAGAUGGGCGGAGCUUCUGUCAGAGAGCCGGGUACCGGGGGUCAGAGGUGAGAGCGGAUCCAAGAUGGCGGUAGCGAGGAGGCUGCUGGGGGCUGCUCUCCUAUUCACUGUCUGUUUUAUUCCUGCACUGACUGUUGAUAAGAGCAACUUCAAGACAUGCGACCAGAGCUCAUUCUGCCAGCGGCAGCGGAAGCUGCAACCAGGUUUAUCCACCUACAGAGCCGCACUGGGUAGCGCAAAGCUGAGUUCGGACAAAUUAGAGGUUCAACUCAUCGAUGAUAGGAACCAGGCCUCUCUUCUCCUUGAAGUAUAUGGUUUGGAUGGAAACAUGACCCGUAUCAAAAUUAAUGAAAUAAACCCACUGAAACCUCGUUAUGAAGUUCCUGAUGUUUUGGUAGGGACACCACUCCCUGCAAAUUUGCAGGUGACAGGGCAGGAUGACAACACUCUGGAGCUCUCUCUGGGGGAAACAGGACACAAGUUGUUGGUGACAGGGACACCAUUCCGUCUGGACAUCUUAUCAGGACAAGAUUUGGUGCUUAGUGUCAACUCUCGAGGACUGCUUCACUUUGAACAUCUGAGGGAGAGGAAAGACACUCUCUCCGCUAAAGUUAGUAGCGCUGUCGGUAACAUGUGGCAUAAAAUGAAGACUCUUUUCUCUAGUGACUCUGAGAAGAAAGAUGUGCCGGCUGAAACUGAAGAAGCAAACGCUGAAGAGCUGGAAUCCGUCAAAGAGGAAGAGAGCAAAAAGCCUGAAGUCGAUGAGCCUGGAAUGUGGGAUGAAACAUUUAAAACCCAUACAGAUUCUAAACCCAAUGGGCCGUCCUCUGUGGGCUUGGAUUUCUCUCUUCCUGGAUUUGAGAAUGUUUAUGGGAUUCCAGAACAUGCUGAUAACAUGAAAUUACGAACUACAGAGGGAACGGAUCCAUACCGCCUCUACAAUUUGGACGUCUUUCAGUAUGAUCUUUACAACACCAUGGCACUGUAUGGCUCAGUGCCCCUUCUUUUGGCUCACAACGUUAAACGUACCCUUGGCAUCUUCUGGCUGAAUGCAGCUGAGACUUGGGUUGAUAUCAGUUCCAACAUAGCUGGAAAGACCCUUUUGGGGAAGAUGUUGCAGUACAUGCAAGGAGGUGGGGAGACCCCCCAGACAGAUGUGCGCUGGAUGUCAGAGAGUGGGAUCAUUGAUGUGUUUUUGCUACUUGGGCCUUCCCCUUUUGAUGUCUUCAAACAGUAUGCCAGCCUUACAGGUACCCAGGCUCUGCCACCGUACUUCUCUUUGGGCUACCACCAGUGCAGAUGGAAUUACAAUGAUGAAGAAGAUGUGCGUAAUGUUGAUGCUGGGUUCGAUGAACAUGAUCUGCCAUAUGAUGUUAUCUGGCUGGAUAUAGAACAUGCUGAUGGGAAAAGAUACUUCACUUGGGAUCCCCACAAAUUUCCCAAUCCUCGUGAUAUGCUAAGCGGUUUAAAAAAUAAGAGGCGCAAGAUGGUUGCUAUUGUUGAUCCUCACAUUAAAAUAGAUAGUGGAUACCGGAUUCACAAUGACAUUCGAUCUCAGAAUUUAUACAUUAAGACCAAGGAUGGAAGUGAUUAUGAGGGCUGGUGCUGGCCAGGAUCUGCUGCUUACCCUGAUUUUACCAACCCUGAAAUGAGAAAGUGGUGGGCCAGUAUGUUUGCAUAUGACAAAUAUGAGGGUUCUAUGGACAAUCUAUUCGUCUGGAACGAUAUGAAUGAGCCUUCUGUAUUCAAUGGCCCAGAAGUCACUAUGCAUAAAGAUGCUGUUCACUGGGGUGGUUGGGAGCACAGAGAUGUGCAUAAUUUGUAUGGAUUUUAUGUGCAAAGAGCUACAUCAGAGGGUCUGAUCCAGCGUUCUGGGGGUAAAGAGAGACCAUUUGUGUUGACAAGGGCUUUCUUUGCUGGUUCUCAGCGCUAUGGUGCUGUUUGGACAGGAGAUAAUGCUGCAGAAUGGGAUCACUUGAAAAUUUCCAUCCCCAUGUGCCUUAGUUUGUCCCUGGUUGGCAUAUCUUUCUGUGGAGCUGAUGUAGGCGGAUUCUUUAAGAACCCAGAUGCAGAGUUGCUGGUUCGCUGGUACCAAGCUGGAGCAUAUCAACCAUUUUUUCGUGCUCAUGCUCAUUUGGACACUCCUCGAAGAGAGCCUUGGUUGCAUGGAGAUGACAAUAUGGCAGUGAUACGCGAGGCUCUCCGCCAGCGAUAUACCCUCCUUCCAUUCUGGUACACGCUUUUCUACAGAGCACUGCGUGAAGGCGAGCCUGUCAUGAGGCCACUUUGGGUGGAAUUUCCCUCCGAUGCUUCCACUUUUGCUAUGGACAGCCACUAUAUGUUAGGUUCUGCUUUGCUAGUUCGCCCAGUUACAGAGGCCAAGGCUAGAGGAGUACAGAUUUAUCUACCAGGAGAUGGGGAGGUAUGGUAUGAUGUACACUCCUAUCAGAGAUAUGAGGCACCACAGACCUUCUACCUUCCAGUCACCAUGAACUCUAUACCGGUGUAUCAGCGAGGUGGUUCCAUAAUUCCUCGAAAGGAUCGCCCUCGACGUUCUUCCGAUUGUAUGAAGGAUGACCCAUUCACCUUAUAUGUGGCAUUGAAUGUUCAGGGUGAGGCACGAGGAGAGCUGUUCUUGGAUGAUGGUCACAGUUUCAACUAUGAACAGAAUGAGUUCUUAUAUAGAGAAUUUAACUACAGUCAAGGAAAGCUGACGGCAAGUUCUCUGGACCCUAGUGGUGUAUUUAAGACUGCUAGCUGGAUAGAGAGAAUCAUCAUUAUUGGAGCCACAAAGCCAGCAAGUGUAAUGCUGACUCUACCAGGUGGGUCGGAAAGCGCUCUCGAAUUUGAGUAUGACCAAACUACAUCUGUUACAACUGUACGGAAACCGGGAGUUAACAUUGCAUCAGAUUUUACAGUGUCACUGCGAUAACAUCACAGAUCAUGCAUGCCCUGAGAAGAGGGGUAAAGGAGGGCCAAUCACUUACCAAAUGUGAGGGAGUGGGUAGCAGAUAUUAUCCUUGGACCAAAUGUGAGAUUUAAUCCAGAGUGUGUGUGUGUGUGUAGAAGGAAAUGUGUGUCUGUGUGAGUGUAUAUAUGUUUGACUGGGUGUGACUGCAUACCAGUCUCUGCACUUAUGGUGGUGUGUGUGUAUAUAGUUGGAUCAUGCACUGUGUCUGCACCCCACUGAACAAAUGGCUUGGGGUCUGAAAUUGGAGCCUCUCCUCCCAGUUCAAUGUAUGCAGUUAGUCCUCAUGUAUCCCUUUAGUAUGCCUUCCUUUCUCUCCUCAACUGUCUCAUGCCACUGGCCAACAGCAAUCAGAUUGGUUUUACCAAAGUACCAUGUAUGAGAGGAAGAGGUGGCCAUCUUUACUUGACACAAGAACAUUUCAGACAAAAUUCUCAGGGCUGCAACCUGUGAAAGCAAGUUUAGAAUUACUGUAUAAAAAUGGGUUUGUUAGAUGCAAGAUUAGGAGACCUAACCUCUAACAAAACAGCUCUUUGCCCUCCCCACAGGGACUGCUGGGUAAAGUGAUGAAACUUUUGUGGCUAUGAUACAGUCUCUAUCCUCCAGUCCAGUUUCAUUAAGGUGUGAAAAUUUAAAUUUUUUUGUACAAUCUCCUUAUUUCCUGGACCCAUCAUGCGUUUGACUGAAAACAUUUUGAUAAAAUGAGAAUAAAGACCUAAAAUUAUAUAUGU